GGAGGAGCCACGCAGCCGCUUUGUUAUUGCAAAGAUACCAAAAAGGCGAUAGAUCAGAGGCUUUCGAAAAGCCUGGCGGCCGCUCCAGACAGGGCAGCGCCGGUCCCGCGCCGCUGGGCAUCUCUCGGUUCAGUUAAUCGAGCCCUUGUUGUGCUGAAUCAGGAAAAUGCGGAGAAGGCGCUGGAUGGGCAUUGUCACAAACCGCGGGGUCUCGGCGGCCCGGUGUGUGUGUGAGCGCUGCCCCACCGGCCCGGGAUGGCGGCUGGCGCCGGCCGAGCCCGCGCUCCCCGCCGUGCCCGGUGCCGGGGCUGGCGCUGCGCUCCCCGCACUGCAGGGGCAGCGCCGGAACCUCACAAUCAAACAUCAGUAGUGAAUGCGGCUUAGCUCCUUCCAACGUAAGCACUUAACUGCUGCUUAGCUCCUAAAAUGCUAGUGGAUAAAUAGUAAUGAGAAAAACUAUCUGCGUGCUCUGAAGCUGUCUGCAUGCUCACCGAGCACACUUUCCAUCGGAGUGGCAUGAAUGCAUUAUUUCCUUGGGCGGCAGGGACUGCACACCAUUGUUUGAAAUUCCACUGCUACUAGAAACCUGAAUGCAUUGGGACUAUCCCAUCUCAGGGAUAGAUGACAGGAGGGAAAUUUUCCAGUCCUUGGAAUGUAGAAAGCAGAUGUGAAGGUAUUUCUGUGAGUUGCUGUACUGCCGUUCCCCUUCUAUAGAAAAAUCAGUGGUAUGACCAUUUCUUCCAUGAUCUCCAGAGAGAUCCCCUAAAGGAUGUGCUGGAAGCACCACUGCUGGCAAAGCUCCUUCCCUUCCACACCACUUCAUUGUCUUUUCACUUCUAUUGUGGAAGUUGAAUUGCAUGGAGAAUAAGGAGUCUGUAUGCAUGGAUGAGUUAACAUUUUCUGAGCCGUGUUUCAGGAUCCCUCAGUGCUUUGAAAUUGCUCAGUGCUUUUUGGGUGCAGCAGAGUGAGCAGCAAAGUGUGGGUAAAUCAAUGGCAGCUGACUCAUGCACAGCCCAGCUGUACAGAUGCUUCAAGUGGAGGCAGGACUGGGGGGAUCCUGGGAUCCUGCCUUCAGUGGAUGUUUAAAGUAUGUUUUAUGCAUUUCCAGCUUAAGAAAACAUGAAAAAGUCUUGACUUGGCAAGACACAAUUUUAGUUGGAGUAGAGCCCAAAGCCCAGGUGAUUCUUGUUGCUCCCAUUUAUUUUUUGGGAUGUGCCAUGGCUGAGGGGCUCUCCCUGUCUGGCUGUGGGUGGCAGCUCCUGUGUGGGGACAGGCCAGCCCUUCCUGGUGUCUCUGGGGACGGGGGCAAUCGGCCACAGCUUUGGCCUGACCCAGCUCUUGCCUAUUUCCACAUGCAGGAUUUCUGUGGUGAGGAACCACAUGCGAAAGCCAGAGCCAGUCACUGUUACAAAUGGAGUCCAGUGGGAAAGCAACAGCAAAACCAGAUCACUGUUGCUGUGUGAAAUAGAAAUGUCCCUGCAUUGUUCUCCUGGGUUGGUGCUUUGCCAACCAGCCCUCUCUCAGCGAACUUUUCUGAAACAUGGUUUUCUUCGUGAAAAUAUUCCAAUAUUUCCACUGCCUUUAGCCAGCAGGGUUUUCUUUGGUGAAGGUAGUAAGGGAAAGUUGGCAACCAUUAGUCACACCCUCAUCUGACUUCUUACUAGACCUUUUCCAUGUAGUCACUGAUUUUACUUUUGGUGUGGCUCCAGCUAAGCCUGUGAUGGCUCUGCUGGUUUUUGCACCAGAGCCCGUGUAAAGGCACAGCCUCAGUGAAGAAAAUUCGCCAAUUUGACAAAGGAAAGAGGGCAGAGGCAGUUUACAGCUUACAGUUUAGUUUACAGCUCCUGCAGGGCAGACAGGGGCAUGGUUGGCCUGAGGGGGAAUAGCUGCAGCACUGUUUCUUUUUGAAACAGACGGGCAUUAGGUGGUUUAAACUAGAUAAAGACAAAUAAAUAUGAGAAAGUGGAAGAGCAGAGUGCAGCUAUCUGUGAGGACUUGGGAUGAAGAUGGGAGGAAGCAGGCAGCACCAGAUAGGACAGAGCACAUGAAGUAAAAGCCCUGCCCAGCCCCUGCAGGUUCCUGCUCAGCAUUCCCAUGCCCAGUGCUCCUCCCACAUCCCAGCCCUCAGGCUGCUGAGGGAGGGAGCUCUGGGCUUCACAGACUUACUCUCCAAGAUGGGCAGAAGGUGAGAAGGUGAUGUGUGUUAACAUGGAGUUUGGGAGGGCAACAUUUGACCUUUCCUAAUGCUGUGAUGUUAGGAAGGAUGUGAGUGUGCCCUCCUCCCAUGUCUGCUUUCCCACUGUUACAAACAGGCUUCCUGAGUUCAGCUUUAUUCCAGGAUGCAGCUUCCCACAUCCAUAUCACCAUCCAUUUGUGUGCAUAUUGGAGUCUGAACCGUGGGGCUUGAUUAUCACCAUGUGGUUGUCACCUCCUCACCAGAGGAGCAGUGACAGAAGAAAAGUGGCAUGAACCUUUGCUCUCUAUGAAAUAGAAAAUUUUCUUAGGAAAAAAAAAAAACAUACUGAACAUGUAUUAGCAUAGACAGUUAUACAAGUAAUGGUGGGUUAGGAGAAAGUAACUAUUAACAUGCGACUUCUUUUUUGUUUCUGUUUUGACUCUGGUGAAGUUUCCCAACAGUUUUAAUUCUUGGACUAGAUAAUUUUUUAAUGCUAGGAUUUAUGCAUCUUUUCAUUAAAAAAAGGUGCAUCCUAUUUUACAGCAAAUUCUGCUGGCACUGCUUAUCUUUGAAAAUUUAUUCUUCCUUUAUUUUUUUUACUUCAGUGGAACCAUUUUCUGGGAGAUGCGAAAUAGCCCAUUGUGGCACAGCAGGGGGGGUGUGCUUUGUUGUUAUUCACUUGUGUUGGACUUGGUUAGCCUCGGAAUUGAGGGGUGGGAGCAGCAAGAUCUGUUCUCUCUUCCAGUAUAAUGGCAUGUGCUUGCAAGGCCCCAGCGGCGUUCCCGGCCGGGAUGGAAACCCGGGAGCCAACGGGAUCCCUGGGACACCCGGGAUCCCGGGAAGGGACGGGCUGAAGGGGGAGAAGGGCGAGUGCAUGCGGGAGAGCAUCGAGGAGUCCUGGACGCCCAACUUCAAGCAGUGCUCGUGGAGCGCGCUGAACUACGGCAUCGACCUGGGCAAGAUCGCGGAAUGCACGUUCACCAAGAUGCGCUCCAACAGCGCCCUGCGCGUGCUCUUCAGCGGCUCGCUGCGGCUCAAGUGCAGGAGCGCCUGCUGCCAGCGCUGGUACUUCACCUUCAACGGGGCCGAGUGUGCUGGCCCACUGCCCAUCGAGGCCAUAAUCUACUUGGAUCAAGGAAGCCCAGAGCUGAACUCUACCAUUAACAUACACAGGACUUCCUCAGUGGAAGGUCUGUGUGAAGGGAUCAACGCUGGCUUGGUGGAUAUUGCCAUCUGGGUGGGGACGUGCUCAGAUUAUCCACGGGGAGAUGCUUCUACUGGAUGGAAUUCAGUCUCCCGAAUCAUCAUUGAAGAACUGCCAAAAUAACUUCCCUCUCUUUUUAUAAUACCUUUUUUUUUAAUUUUGUACUAUUUUUUUCAGAAUUUAGUUCAAUAGAGUUGGACACAAGUACUGGACUGAAAGGCACCAAAGCCUUGCAUCUGUAGCCUUUGUCUUGUUUUGUACACAGCAGAGGAUUUUUAUAAUAAUCAUUUUAGAAUACAAAUAUCAAAACCAAGUUCAUUAACAUUUAAAAUUUCUUUUUUGAUGUAAUACCACCACUGUUUUUAGAAUAAACCAUAACUUUUUGUAUCAAAUAAAU